AUGGCGAAGAUGGUGAGAAGAACAUGUGCUUUUUGUUCAGAAGGGGAGGCCGGUUCCGUGAUGUACAUUGCCAAAGAGCGGAAUAUUGCAGCUCAUCAGGAUUGUCUGUUAUUUUCCUCAGGAUUUGUGGAAUCUGAAGAGUAUAACCCAGAUAAUCUGGAUAUAAGGUUUGAUGUGGCAUCAGUGUUAAAAGAACUCAAGAGAGGAAAGCGGCUGGUGUGCAACUUCUGUCGCAAGAAAGGAGCCACCGUGGGAUGCGAGGAGAGAGCCUGUCGCAGAAGUUAUCACUACUUCUGUGCACUCUGCGAUGAUGCAGCAAUAGAAACAGAUGAAGUAAAUGGAGUCUACCGAGUGUUCUGCCCAAAACAUGACCCAGGCAAUAGGACCAAUCACUAUGGUGCAGCUAGUAAGAGGAGAAGACACAUGUUGAAAUCUUCCACCAUCACGGAACAAAUGAGCACAGAAGAGACAGCAGAAGAAAACAGUUUACAGAUGCUAAAAAGGAAAAACAACAGGCAUAAAGUCCGAAUAGACUUUCUUCGGAAGUGCAAGCAAGCUGGGCUUCUGGAUGACAUAUUUGAAGAGAUGCUGGACACACUUCACCUGGCUCAGGAAAAACUGAUGGAUGACAACACUUCAGAAACAGAGUAUGAAGAGACAGUGAUGGCACUCUUUGACUGUGGACUGUUUGAAAAUAUACUUACAAAUAUUCAUUCAGGAACAGAAGAAAAAAUCCAGGAACUUCUGGAAAGCAGGAAAAGACUGGAUAACAAGAUUGAGCUACUGCAGGACUUAAAAGAAGUCGUCCUUCCCACCCCGGAGAACACCGCGAAUCAUCAGCUUAGCUUAAGCUAUGCAGGAGAUCAGCUUUCACUCUAA